AUGCAGCUCCAAGACGCCGAAAAGUGGCGCCGCCUGGCCGAGAUGUCAGACGAGCUCGGGUUCAGACGCCAGGCCAUCUACUGCUGGACAAAGUACCUGCGAAAGUGCCCGGGGGACGCGGAGGGGCGCCUGUGCCGGGCGCGCGCCAUGGCGGACGCGGGGGAGGGCAAGAAGGCGGUGCAGGAGCUGCGGGCGCUGCACGACGCCAUGCCGGGCCAGCCCCUGGUCGUGACCGACCUGGUGCGGGCGCUGUUCUCGUCGGGCGCCACCCACGCGGCGCUGGACGUCCUGGAGGGCCACGUGGCGUACUACCCCGGCGCCACCGACCUGGAGCACAUCAACAUGCUGGCGCAGCUGUACAUGGAGCUGGGGCGCCACGACGCGACCAAGCGGCUGGUGGAGCGCGCGCGGGCGCUGCUGCUGGCGCCGGGGGAGCCCACGCCGAUAGACCUGGCCGUCAAAAUGGGCGUGUCGUGCGCGCUGACCGGGGACAUGGGCCGUGCGUUAGCCGAGUUCAAAUCCCUCCUGGAGCUGGGGGUCGAGGGCUACGAGGACCUGUACCUGCAGGUGGGCGGUUUUUUUGUGUCGCACGGCUGA